AUGUCGAAUUCACAAACCCCUCAACCCGACAGCUUGAUAGAAGCGGAAAAAUGCAAACAGUACUGGGAGACGGUUGAUUCUAGCGACAAUGGAAUGCUGGGCGGCGUUUUGUCCAUCAUGCCCUCCGUCUCUCGCAUCGAUCUACAAGGUUCGCGCACCUUUUUGGCAAGGCUAAACAUUGGUGUCAAGACUGGUAGACAAAGAAUACCAAGGGUCCUUGAAGGCGGUGCAGGUAUCGGUAGAAUUACAGAAGGACUUUUACUCAAGCUCGCAGACCAAGUGGACGUUGUCGAACCAGUCGUCAAAUUCACAGAUGUUUUAAAGGGAAAACCAGGUGUAGGCGAAAUCCAUAAUGUCGGCUUGGAACAAUGGCGUCCCUCGGAAGGAGCUUCAUACGACUUGAUUUGGAUCCAGUGGUGUAUCGGCCAUCUCAACGACGCAGAGGUGGUAGAGUUCUUGGAAAGGUGUAAAUCAGUCCUGGAUGCGGAACAUGGAAUUAUCAUUUUCAAGGAGAACUUGAGUACGUGGGGUCAAGAUAAGUUUGAUGAGCUUGACGGGAGCGUCACAAGGGAGGAUGAAAAGUUUCAACAGUUGUUCAAGAGAGCUGGGCUCAAGAUUAUCAAGUCUGAUAUGCAGCGCGGCUUCCCGGUUGUUAAGAAUAGGCAGUUGCUUCCUUUGAAGAUGUAUGCUCUGCGACCAGACAGUACGACAGAAACAUAG